AUGCUGACACCUCGGCAACUCCGGGACGAGCCUCAUGGGGACGAACUACAAAUCCCAGCAUGCACCACUCCUCGCCCGCCCGGCGGGAGGGCAACGCCUGACCCGGACCGCAGGCAAGCACCGCGGCGGCGGUUCCAGCCAGGAAAAUGCGAGCCUUUUGGGCCACGUUCCAAACGGCUAGCUGCAAUUCGAAGUCACUUUUGGCCGCCCUCCCAGCUCCCUGCCGCGGUAGUAGCAGACUACACCCCUUUCGCCGCGCCGCGAGGUCCUUGUCGUCUCGCCAGCCCACAGGGCUGUCUUCCGCAGCGCCUGAUCGCAGGCGGGGCGGUCCGGAGUGUCCUGGUUAACGAAAAGUGGCGAGCCAGGGAGCAGCGGGGACUGGACGGCCGGAGGAAGAUGGCCGGGGCUCUGCUGACUGCCGAGAUCGGCAGGCGGAGGCCGGGACACCCCACGGGAGGGGGCGUGAGCUGCGAAGGGAGGCGCCGGGCGCUGCUGGUGCUGUGGGACAUCAACACGCAGAGCAACGAGGAGACGGCUGGCAUGGUGCGCCACAUCUACCGCGACCUGGAGGCGGCCGACGCCGCCGCGCUGCAAGCUGGGAAUGGUGAGGAAGAAAUUCUGCCCCACUGUAACUUGCAGGUUUUUACGUACACCUGUGAUGUGGGGAAGAGGGAGAAUGUCUACCUGACGGCUGAAAGAGUCCGCAAGGAGGUUGGCGAAGUCUCAGUCCUGGUCAAUAAUGCUGGUGUGGUCUCUGGGCAUCACCUUCUGGAAUGUCCUGAUGAGCUCAUUGAGAGAACCAUGAUGGUCAAUUGCCAUGCACAUUUCUGGACCACUAAGGCUUUUCUUCCUACGAUGCUGGAGAUUAAUCAUGGUCAUAUUGUGACAGUUGCAAGUUCCUUGGGAUUGUUCAGUACUGCCGGAGUUGAGGAUUACUGUGCCAGUAAAUUUGGAGUUGUGGGUUUUCAUGAAUCCCUGAGCCAUGAACUAAAGGCUGCUGAAAAGGAUGGAAUUAAAACAACUUUGGUUUGCCCUUAUCUUGUAGACACUGGCAUGUUCAGAGGCUGCCGAAUCAGGAAAGAAAUUGAGCCUUUUCUGCCACCUCUGAAGCCUGAUUACUGUGUGAAGCAGGCCAUGAAGGCCAUCCUCACUGACCAGCCCAUGAUCUGCACCCCUCGCCUCAUGUACAUCGUGACCUUCAUGAAGAGCAUCCUCCCAUUUGAAGCAGUUGUGUGCAUGUAUCGGUUCCUAGGAGCAGACAAGUGUAUGUACCCCUUUAUUGCUCAAAGAAAGCAAGCCACAAACAAUAAUGAAGCAAAAAAUGGAAUCUAAGAAUCUUUUUGUAUGGAAUAUUACUUCUAUCAGAAGAUGAUCCAGAUGUUUCAGUCCAAUGCACAUCAGCAUUGCUGACAUUUUAUGGAUUCUAAACUUGUGUUGUUUCUUUUUUUAAUCAACUUUUUAAAAAAAUAAAGUGUAAAUUAACCGACUAGAGUACUUGGAAAAUGUGAUCAGUAAAAGUGAACUUAGGUUGUUGCCAACAGGGUCCUUUUAGGCAGAACCCAAAAACCAGUCAAAUCUUUAGAGAAGCACUGUGUGACAUCUUCAGGUUACCAUUAUUUUUUUAAUGAGCAGGAAGUCUAGAAAUGAUAACUAGACUGUAUAUUUCAUGUGUGUGAUUUUUCAGAAUUCCCAUAGAGUUUACUCAUUCUUGUUAUUAAACUCCAGCCAGUUGACAUCUUUGCAAUUUCAAGGACUGAUAGUGCUAUAUUUUCUCAUGUUUUCUAAGUUUCCGUUUUGCAAGGCCUAGGUGGCUUUUUCAUGGUGUUUGUAUGUUUAGCUCUUUUGAAAAGGAAUUUUGAAAUCUGCAUCAACUGAAGUAAAUGAUAUCUGAGUAUUACAGUAAAGGUGACCAAGUCUCUUUCUUAAAGUCACAAUGACUAAAGUAUUAGCUGAAUUUUUUUUUUUUUUUUUUUGAGACAGAGUCUCGCUCUGUACCAGGCUGGAGUGCAGUAGCACAAUCUCAGCUCACUGCAGUCUCUGCCUCACAGGUUCAAGUGAUUCUCCUGCCUCAGCCUCCUGAGUAGCUGGGACUACAAGCACGCGCCACCAUGCCCAGCUAAUUUUUAUAUUUUUAGUAGAGAUGGGGUUUCACCAUGUUGGCCAGGCUGGUCUCGAACUCCUGACCUCAGGUGAUCCGCCCGCCUCAGCCUCCCAAAGUGCUGGGAUUACAGGCAUGAGCCACUGCGCCCAGCCUUGAAUUUUUAAUUUUAUCUCUGAAAUACUUCAUUAAGUGUCUGGAGACCUAAUUAUCCUAAAAGAUCAUCCAUUUUCUACCUAUGAAUUUUGCUGCAUACAGAAAGUGCCCUUCCCUCAGGAAGUUGCUGUGUUUCAUUUCUUUGGAUGGACUCUUACCUAGAAUACAUAGCAGCUCUGCAAAGAAACAGUUUUUAAAAAUGGGAACUUCUACAUUGAAAAGUCCCCAUUUUUGUGCCAACUAUAAUGAGUGAGAGGGAGAAAUCUUAUUCUAUGGCAUAUGUAUGGAAAGGUGUAAAGAUUCUUUUGAAAGUUUUAUUCACGUUGUAGAACAGCAAAUGACAUUUUUACAGUAUUUUUUUGUAAAGCAAACUAUUUUGUGCCUUGAAUUUGGUAUAUGUGUAUUAGUGAAACAUUGUAAAAGUGAACUUCUACCUCUGUAUCUAAAUGUAUACCAUCCACUUGUAAAUUACUAUAAACUAUUAUGUGAUUGCCUUUUUUUUUUUUUUUUUUUUUUAGAAUGUCUUGUUUAAAUAGCAGCCAAUGUUUAAGGCUAUUAAAAUAAGCCAACUUUUACUAAUUGGGGAGUUUUAUAAAUGACUGAUUAAAUUUAAAGAAUUAACUUACAUGCAACUGUGUGAUUAUUAGUUAUCAGCAGUGUUGUAAGGAAAAUUAUUGUGUUUUUUUUUAAUGAUCAUUAUCCCACUUUAGGUAAAGAAAAAUGUUGGAAUGGAAUAGUGUUGGGAAACAGACAUUAACAACCUAGGGUGCCUGCACUCAAAUAGCCAAUGUUACCGUCCCUAGAUUAGAUACUUGAUUAAGGGCUUGUUCGUACCAAAAGUGGGGAAACAAUCCAUGACCUGUGUUUUAGUUUGGCUGCACCACAGAUCAAAUCUGCACUGUGUCUACAUAGGAAAGGUCCUGCUGUGUGCUAAUGUUCCCAGUGCAGGACUUGAGGAAGAGCUCUGUUGUAUGUUUCCAUUUCUCUUUAUAAAAGAUAACCAAAUCUUGUGGCCUUUAUAACAAUGGAGGCACUGGCUGCCUCUUAAUUUUCAAUCAUGGACCUAAAUAAGUACUCUGAAGUAGUCUCAGCAGUGCCAGGUGGGGACAGAUAUACUCAGAGGUUAUCCAGGUCUGCCUCCCAGUGAGCCUGGAGUACAACAGACCCUCCUAGAGAAAUCUGUUGUAAUUUAACAACCCACUUACCCACCUUAAAACUGAGGAAAGUCUUCUUUACAUCUAAUUUUAUUCUUGUGUGUUGUAACUUAAACCUUUUUCUAUUUUUGUUUAUUAUUGCCCUUACAAGGGUGUCUAUCUCCAAGUUCAAUAAACCUAAUUCAUUUAA